AUGAAGAUAUCCUUCAAACAAAAGACUGUAUAUCUAUGUGAUGUACCUUCACAUCUAAAGGACUCAUUCAAGACAUACUUUGAGAAACAUCAGGCAACAGUUGCCAAACGCUUUGCCAAAACUGUCGACUUUGUUAUUGCCACAACAGAGGCAAUUGAGGAGAAUAAGUAUCCAUUGUCCAGUGCCACUACACAUAAGAUUCCAAUCAUCAGUGUCAAUACUAUACUGAUGCGUUUGUCAAAGGAUGGCAUCGAUGUUCCAGACGCACCACCAUCCCCAACUCCAGCACCUCCACCUCUUCCAUCAUCAACCACAUCAUCAACACUAUCACCAGUAACUGGCGGCAGGACAUUAGCUUUGUCCUCGUCUGCCUCAUCACUUUCAAACUCCAAUCAUAAUAUCAACACCAACACCACCUUGUCACAUCUGUCACGUGGUGGACAUUCAUCAUCCUCUCCAUCACACUCCAUUCAAUCAUCCAUCGAUCACAAUGUUGAGCCUGAUCCCGUGAUCACUCUACUUGUUCCUCCAAGUGGAUCAAACAUUGGAGGCUAUCAGGUCACAGUGUUUGGAGUAGGCUUCGCACCAAACCCAUCAUUCCGAGUAAGAUUCGGAACUGUAUACGCUACAAACUAUGAGUUCCACUCGUCGUCCGCGGUGCUGGUGACCAUCCCAAAUGGAUUGUCAUGUGGCGCUGGAAACGUUCCAGUAUCCGCCUCGAACGAUGGAAAGUCAUUCGGCUUCCCCACUGCCUUCCUCUUCUUUGACGCCAACUUGUACAAGGUGCCGUCACCCUCGGAGCAGGAAGCCUACAUCCUCAAGUCUCAGCUGGCCAACAUCAAGCGUGCCAUCUCCAACAUCCAGUCCGUCGAGUCGUUGCUUAUGCAGCGCUUCGCCUCGCUCACAGAGGAGAAGCAACAACAGCUCUUCCUCAUGCCAGAGAGUGGCGCAUCUGCCACACCCGCCGCAGACACCAGGCGUCCACUGGCCGUGUCGUCCGAGCCCGAGUUUGAGUUCGAGUCAGACGAUGAUGAUGACGCGUCGUCCGUGUCCUCAGGCGAGGACCGCAAAGAAGCGCAGCCCGCAAACUCUGAGGAGUUUGAGGAGCGCGAGAUCAAGAUCUUCAUCUCAUCACCCUUCAAGGACAUGCAGCUGGACCGCGACCAGAUCGUCAAGGUGGUCAUCCCCAAGAUCCGCAAGCUCUGCAUUGAGCGCGAUAUCAUCAUGUCCUACGUGGACCUGCGCUGGGGCGUCACUAACAACCAGGUGGAGCAAGCCACUGGACUCUCAAUGUGUCUCCGCGAGCUCACCAAGUGCAACCUGCUCAUCGGUCUUUACGGAGAGCGCUAUGGCUGGUCGUCCCAGGAGCGCUCUGACCCCAAGACCCAGCAACUGCUCACAUCGACACUGGACAAGGCCGUCGCAGAGUAUCCAUGGGUCAACAAGCUGCGUGACUGCUCAAUGACAGAGAUUGAGUUCCGCGCAUUCCUCGGUGGCCACGUUCCCCAAGCCGCCAACGCACUCUUCUACUUCCGUGACCCAUACUACGUGGAGGAGGUCAGCGCCAAGGACCGCAACAACUUUGUCUCAGAGGGCCCACGCUCCAAGGAGAAGUUGGACCGUCUCAAGACCGAGAUCACCAAGCAGCACGGCACAAACAGUCUGCGCGCCAACGAGUACCGUCGUCCAUCCAACCUGGCCGACGUGCUCUCUGAGGACCUCGAGAAGUACAUUGACAAGCGCUUCCCAGCCGGCCACGAGCUGGCACCCGAUGCCAAGGAGCGUUUCCUGCACUCUGGCUUCGCCAAGAACAUGUGCAAGCUUUACAUCAAGAACGAGAACAACUUCUUGGCCAUCGACACCUUCCUGUCCAAGCCCAAGUCAUCCGUGCUCAUGGUGCACGGCGACAGUGGCUCGGGCAAGAGUUCCCUCCUCUGCAACUGGCUCAAGCAGCACCGCGAGCAGCAUCCCGAGGACAUCGUCACAUCGCACUGGAUUGGAGCUACGCCCUCAUCCUCUAAGCACUCGGCUGCACUAGUUAGGAUCAUGACUGAGAUCAAGAACAUGCUCGAGCGUGAGAGCAUUCGCGAGACUUCCUCUCUGUUCAAGGACACCUCGGCCACUUCUUGGAUCCCCGAGAUACCCGACAUCAACUCACCCGUCGACAAGAUCGUUGGCGACUUUGGCGAGUUUGUCUCGUUCAUCAUGUCACAUCCAACCCUCACUGGUCGCCGCGUGGUCAUCAUUCUGGACGGCCUCAACAAGCUGGACUCACGUGAUAACCCUGGCGACAUGCUGUGGUUCCCCAGGAACCUGCCACCCAAUGUCAAGUUCAUCAUCUCGUCCAACUCGUCGACACGCCCCGUCGAGGUGAUGAAGAAGCGCGGUGCCACAAUGCUCCAGCUCACCAACCUCUCCGAGGCCGAGCGCAAGUCCAUGGUCCGCCUCUACCUCAACCGCUUCGCCAAGAAGCUGUCCGAUCAACAGGAGCUGUUCAUCGCCAACUCGGCCACUGCUUCCAACCCCCGUUUCCUCCAGCUGCUCCUGGACGACAUCUGUGUUCUGGGCGAUCACGAACGCCUCAACGAGCGCAUCCUCCGUCUGCUCAAGGCCAAGAACAUUGCCGAGCUGUACGAGAUCAUCCUCGAUCGUAUUGAGAGCGACUACGACACCAAGGGCAAAGGUCUGGUGCGCGAGUUCCUUCGCUACAUCUGGGGAGGCCGACGUGGUAUCGAGCUCGAGACUCUCACAGCCCUCCUGUCCAAGAAGGGCAUCGAUCCACUCGAGUGGAGCUCGUUGCUUGUCCUCAUGGAGGCCUACAUCUCAUCGUCGUCCGGACUGUUGUCCUUCCUAAAUGAUGACAUUGCCGCCGCCGUCGAGAAGAAGUACAUCACCAACGACAAGGUGCGCAUGGAGAUUCAUGCCGACAUUGCCGAGAUGUUCAUUGGCAGCGCUGACCUGUCUGAGCGCAAGGUCGAGGAGCUGCCCUACCAGCUGGUGCACUCCAACAACUGGGAGGAGCUCAGGGCCUGGUUGCUCAACUUGUACAUGUUCGAGAAGUUGUACGUGCCACGCCACCGCGGCGACCUCAUCAGCUACUGGAACACGCUGGAGAAGCAGUUCAAGCCACCUCGCAACGCUGCAGAGAGAGACGACCCCAUCCCCUACAACGCCACACACGAGUACAAGCAGCUCAUUGCACGCUCGUUCCCUCAGGCCUCCGGCCUGGUCAUCUCAGACGUGCUAUUCAACAUUGCCAGCUUCUUGGAGGAGCUGUCACAGUUUGAUGGCUCUGAGGCUCUGUACCUCAAGGCACGCGAGCUCUACACCAACAACUCGCAGAUGAUUGAAGCUGCCAAGGUAGACCGUGCCAUGGGCCACAUGUACCACACCAAGUGCCAGUACGAGCUGGCUGAUACCAAGUUCCGUCAGGCGCUGGCCAUCUACACCAAGGAGCGUGGCGCAGAGGACAUUGAGGUGGCAACCACACUCAACCUCCUCGGAUCCCUGUCGUGCACAAGGAACAUGCACGCUGAGGCCAAACAGAUGCUCAACGAUGCCAUGCGUAUCGUCGAGCCACGUGCAGAGACCUAUCCAAUCUUGCUCUCGGACAUUGCCUACAGUCUUGGAUCUGUGCACUUUGUCGAGGAGGCACGUCGUCUGGACAUUGCCGAAGAGUACUUCAUUAAGGCGCUGGAGAUCAUCGAGGUGAAGCUAGGAGACAUGGACGUGUCAUACGCACGCAUCAUCAACCGUCUGGGCUCCCUGUACAUUGAGAAGGAUCAGUUCAGUGAUGCCGAGUCCUGUUUCAAGAUGGCUCUCAAGAUCUACGAGGGCCGUCUCGGACUGGAGCACUCGAGAGUGUCGCAGAUCCUGCGUCACAUGAUCUCUCUGUACGAGAUGCAAGAGAACUACAAGAUGGCCGAGGAGUGUGCGCUCCGUGCACUCAACAUCACCAAGAAGAUCUACGGCCCAACACACAACACCGUGGCUGCGAUCCUCGUGAGAAUUGGUUGCUUGUACCAGUCGAUGAACAGAUUGGAGCAGGCUGUGCAGAUCCUCAACGAAGCCAGAGCACUGCGCGAGAAGGAGUUUGGCGUCAACCACAAGAACGUCCAACAGAUUGUCGCCAUCAUUAAGGAGAUCACCAAGCCAAAGGUGGUCGCGCCACCACCUCCACCUCCAUUGCCCAAGCAUCUGGUCAACGCUGUUCCAGUGCUACCACCUGCACCCAUUGCUCCCAAGCCUACCAGCAUCCCACUCCCACCAGGUGUUAUCCCACCUCCACCACCUCCUCCACCCCCUGGAUACAAGGCUGGAUACAAGUACGCAUCCGACAUUGCCCUGUCAUCAGUCAUGCGCGCUGGUCUUCCACCUCAGAUCCCUCCAGUUCCAGGUGCACCACCAAUGCCACAACAGAUGCAAAUGCAGAUGCAACAACAGCAACAGCAGCAGCAACAGAUGUACCCACAACAGCAGCAGCAACAGCAACAGCAACAGCAGAUGCAGGCAGGACUAUAUCAGAUGCAAAUGCAACAACUAUUGCAGCAACAAUUGCAACAACAACAUACCUUGCCACCAAUGCAGCAGCAGCAACAGCAGCAACAACAGCAACAACAAAUGUACAUGCCUCAGAUGCAGCAACAGCAACAACAGAUGUACAUGCAGCCACAGCAGCCACAGCAGCAGCAACAACAUCAGCACAAGAAGAAGAGCGAUGUCAGGAUGCCAUCUCAACAGCCCCAGCAGCAACAGCAGCAACAGCACCAGAGGAAGCAGCCGCAGCCUCAGCCAGAGGUUGCCUUCAACGACAUGGUGGCCAACUACAACAUGCAGAAGCUGCGCAAGGCCGCCAACGUACAGGACAGAUCUGGCGCAUCUGGUGCUGUCCAGGCAAUGAUGGGAGACAAGCAGAGUGCCAAACCCAACGUUCUCAACAGCAAGCUGUGCAACAUGAAGGCAGCCAAGGUAGAUCUCAACGAGCUCUUUGCUUAA